AUGAGUCAUGGCCAUACCUCCGCCAGACACUCUGGUGGGAUCGAGAGCGGGGAUGAGAUCGACACAGAGACGAAAAUCGCCAUGCUCGCGUCUCUUGUCGAUCCCAGCUCGUUUUCCACCGAUCAGUACCUCGAAGCCCUAGCAAGCUCGCAAGGGAAUGUUGCCAGUGCCGCAGAGCAGCUGCUUAUGCCCCGGUCAAUUACUGUGCUUGGUAAACGGAAGGCCAAUCCCACUUUGAAAGGCUGGCUAGGCCAACCCACUGGCGCAACGGUCAACAAAGGCAAGUCAAAUGAAGCGGUUGACUCAACCGCCGCCAGUAAGCCUUUCAAGACGCAAGCAAGCUCUCCAAAGCACGCCAAGUCCAAUGACACCUCUCCCAAUGCCUUUUCGCUACCCAAACAGUCGUCAUCAACCACAUCUAUAUCAGUGCAGCCCAGAACGCAACCACAAGGCCCGAUCUUCCUGUCAUCCCAGGCUUCAAUAGACGCCCAAUCUUUGCCACUCUCCGUCUUUGCGCAGCCACUACCGCCAUCUCUUGCGUCCGCACUGUAUCUGUUGAUGAUGGAGGAGUCGGAAAAAUGGGGCAACAACCGCUUUUACAUUGCCGGCAAAGCGGCAAAAAGUCCUCACACGACAAGCUUCUAUGCAAGAAGAGAGGGAGGGUAUGGCAACGGGAGAUACUUUUAUGCUGGGAUGGAACAGGGACCGGCAAAGAACUACUUUCCCGUGUUGGAAGAAGCCGCUUCCCUCGUGGAGGAUAUCGUCAACGAGCAUUUGCAACAAAGACAGCGUUAUCCUCUUGAAUGGGCUGGUAGAUGGAGAGCCAAUGUAUGCGGCGCAAACAGAUAUGAUGGUGCAAAAAGCUCGGUUGGCUGGCAUGCCGAUCAAUUAACAUACCUCGGGCCAUAUACGACUAUCGCAUCUCUAUCACUUGGAACGACGCGCUCGUUUCGCCUCCGCGAGACACCUGUAUCGGACCGAGCUUUUGCCGUCAACGACAAGCCGCCUCGCACGUUCGAGCUGACACUGAGCCACAACUCGCUCUGUCUGAUGGACGCAGGGUGUCAAGAACGAUUCAAACACACGGUACCGACGCAGAAGGCUAUAGACAUGUACAGGGCCCGCUUCGAUACCAACCAGAACCCUAUCGCCGAGCACAAACAAGCUGCGUCGACAUCGAGGAUCAACAUUACAUUCCGAUUCUAUCGAGAAGCGUUUUACGAGCGGAUCAAAAGGCCAAAGCACGGUCACGUCAAGCACCAAAAGCAAUACGAGAGUCAAAACACAACGUCAUUGACGACGAUAUGA